UAAACGCUCGACUCUCGAGCUCAAACAAUCGUCUCAACUCGCAGGUCGAAGUAAGCUAUCAUCUGUCAGUUCUCUUACCUUUGUGAUACAUUUCUGUUUUUCUUUCUCGAAUUAACAAGUUAUUCGAAGUCCAUUCGUUUGUUCAGUUUGUUGAUCAGUACACCUUUCGAAGUCGUUGAUUACGCAUUCCAAGUGUAUUACUAUAUUUCGUAUGUAUAUUGGUUUUUUUGGUUCGUUGUAUUGUGUGGUUUUGGUGUUUAAAAAAUCUUUAGAAUCACUUUACAUUUCGUAAAUAAAUAAUCUGAGAGAAAAUCAUGUACCCUAACAUCGGGAUAUGUCAAGAUUUAACCUCUCGAAUCAACAAUUUGGAACAAGAAUUAUUAAAACGAGAGCAUUUCAUGUGCGCGACUGAAGCAAGAAGAUUUUACGAAGCUGUAUUAUCCUUUCACGAGGGAUUGGUAGAAGUCGAAAACAAACAAAAAACAGCCCGCAAUGAUAUUAUGUUCGAUACGGUUACGAAAUCGUUCAUUCGCAAUAUCCAUUUGAAAGUAACAGCUAUGAAAAUAAAAUUGGCGAAAAUCAUAUCAUCGUUCGAGUCGAAAUCACCAGCAGGAGCCCAGGUAGGCGAUCAAUCCUAUCCAGCAAAACAGUCCGAAACCGAGAAAAAUGCAGACGUACAAAUCCGAAAACAACGUUUUCUAAUCGAACGAAUCGAAUCGCUGGAAAUACUCGAUGAUAUUUGUGCAAUAAAAGCAGAAGUACUGUACAACCACCUUUCUCAACUUUACGACUCGUUUAUCUCAAAUCAAAUCCAGAUCGAAGCAGGCACCGACGACGAUACCACUCUCGAUAAUCAACAAAAAAUCACCACCGAGAUCCAACGAAAAGUAAUCGAUUUUCAAACGAAGCUGAAAAAACUCAUGCAGCCGAUCGCAUCAACUUCAUCGACAGAAUCCAACAUCAGUAUCGAUCGUUCAAUUCAGCCAAUAACGAUUGACUCCAGAGCCGAUUUAGACUCGUUAUUCCAAAAGCAAGAAUCAUUAAUCAAACGAAUAUCUUCGCUGAAACCUGAAAAUCUUAGUCGAGAAAAAGCUGAAGUGAUGUACAACAAGCAUCUCGAUUCACUUUACGAGUCUUUCAAUGCGAAUCAAACCGAAAUCGAAUCGCGAGUCAGCGGCCCAAUGCUUGAUAGCCAGUUGAAAAUUUCUGAGCAGGUUCAAAACAAUGUGAUCGAACUUGAAGCAAAGUUUAAAAAAAUUAUCGCACCGAUUAAGCUUUCAUCUUCGUCGACACAAUCCGAGGCAUUACAAUCUGAGCAAAUCAAGUUAUCGGAAUUGGAAAGUAGCCUUCGAUCGAUAGAACUCAAAUUGUCUAAUCUUACGGACUUGUUGGAAUCGCGAUCAAGCAGAGAUGAAACUGAGAGUAAUAUCAACGACGUCUACACCCAUCUUGAAGAUAACUCGGAAAUAUCUAAGGAUAUCCAAAAUAAGAUAAUUUCUCUUCAAACUACAUUGAAUGAAUCCAUCGUCGUUAACAAAAAUCAUGAAAAAAACGCUCUGAAUAAGCUGGAUAAAAUUUUGGAAUUUAACGGACGUUUCGAACAAGAUUACAAAACUAAGACGUUACCAUCUUUAGAGAAAUCGAAAAGUGAUCUCCAAGCGAUAGAACUCAAACUAUCUGAACUCAUCACUUCGUGUGAAAAUUUACCGGAAUUGCUUUCGGAUGGACGCGACACCAGGAAAAAUAUCAGCAAGAUUUCCAGCUCUCUCAAUGAUCAUUUAAACGUAUCUCAGGAUAUUCAGGCACAGUUGCGUAAUUUCAUGGACGCUAAUAAAAACCGUACUGCCAGUCUAGAUGAUAACCAGACGAAAGUAAACCAAAGCACUGCACAACAGCAGCCUUUACAACCGUUGCGGAUCGAGAAUCUGACGACGAAAGUUAACCAAAACAGUGCACGACAAAAGUACUUACAGCCGUUGCGGAUCGAGAGUCUACUGUUAUCGAAAGAGCGCCCGUUCAAGUUCAUUCGACCCAAACCUCUAUUCCACUAGAUUUUUGUGCCCUCCAAACAAAUAAAAUAUUGUAAUUCACUUUUAAUUUUUUAAAAAUAACUACAUAUAUGUAUAAGUCAGUAUAGACAUGUUUUGUGAUUAAUUUGUGCGAUUUGUAGUAUCAAAAAUGUGACUAUUACAUAUAAUAUUGCGAAGUAUUUAAAAAUGAAUUCGUUCCCUUUUUGUAUUACACGAAAGUUUACUCUCGUUUCA